AUGGGUGAUCACGGCAAUCAGGAUGACCUCACUGCUGCAUUGGCAAUCAUUCAACAACAAAUGCAGACUAAGAAACAACAGAUGUUGCAGAUGAAUCAGACCAUCCAAAAUCAACAACAAGCUGCUGAAAAAGCAGCUGAGAACGCCGUGAGAGAAGAGCAUGGUGCUCUUAUUGGGGAGCGGAACCUUCCGCGGAACUUCAAUACUAACCGGUCCCCCAUGAACCCUCCUCCUUACAAUCGGAAAUACUAUGAGAUCAAACCUGCACUGAUAAGUCUGGUACAAAAGAGCACGUUCAGUGGUCUCACUACUGACAUCCAGAUAGACCACAUCGAAGCCGUUGAGAGAAUCUGCAAUUUCUCUCGCUCUAACGGAGUGCCACUAGACUAUGUCAAAUGCAUGCUGUUCCCAUUCUCUCUUGAAGGGAAAGCUUUUCGCUGGCUCCAAUCUCUGCCGACCGGUUCUCUUACCUCAUGGGACCAGGUCCGAUCAGCGUUCCUGAGCCACUUCUACACGAAGUCUAAACCCGCGGCUCUACGGCACGUGAUCUUCAAUUUUAAGCAGAAGUCUGAUGAACCUUUUCAUGAAGCUUGGGAGAGGUACAAGGAGUACCAGAGAGAGUGCCCGCACCAUGGGUUUGACGACGACUAUAUAUUGGAGGUGUUAUAUGAUAGAGUGAGCUACGAGUUUCGAAACACCCUUGAUUCUUCCAGUAGUGGAGACUUCAUGACUCAAACCACCCCUGGUGCGUUCGAGCUCAUCGAAAUCAUGGCUUCAAGUUCACUAAACAAGAACAAGGAGCAUGACCGUUUGAAGAGUGUGAACAGCAUAGAAGAUCUUGCUGCAAAGGUGGACCAACUGCUUAAGGGAAACCAUAGCCAAGUGUUUAUAAUGGAAGAAGCAGCUCCUGAGAAGAGUGCCGGUGACCUAGCGUUUGAGGCUGAAAUAUCAGUAGACGAUCAACAAGAGGACAAACCAGCUGAUCCUGCACAGAGUAACCAAGGUCAGUAUGCUGGGUAUCAAAAGAACUACCAACCCUGGACCUAUGUUCUAAGCCAACCGCAGAACAAUCCACCUCAGCUGCAGAAAUACAAGAACACUCAGCCAGCUACCUCCGCUCCUGUCGAUGUUCCGCAAGAUGAGACAAAAGCUAUGUUACAGCAGCUGCUCCAAGGACAACAGCCCCAAGGGAAGGCUCUAAACCAGGUUACUACCGAGAUCAAUACCAUAAUGAACCAUAUGUUCGGCGAUUUGAGCACCAAGUACGACAAUGUCGCGAGCCAUAUGAGACAGAUUGACAUUCAGAUUGCUCAGACUGCUGAGAGCCUCAAGAGGCAGAAAGGUACUCUACCUGGGAAAACCGACAAAAACCCUAAGGAGUGCAAUGCGGUCGAGUUCAGAAGUGGAAAGCAACUGUCUGAGCCGGUAAAGAAGAAGUUCACUGCAGCUGAGAAGGGGAAGCAGAAAGAGUCGGAACAACCACCAGCCGAUACCCCGACAGCUGAUAAGGAGAAGGAACCAAUAGUUGGAACCAAUUCGCCAGGACCAGAACAACCAACUGAGGCUGUCCCUUACCCUGUUCCAGCAAAGGCUACUCGUAAGGACCGAGGGGAGAUUAAGUGCAGAAAGAUGCUGGAGGACCUAACCGUCUGGCUCCCCUUGAUGGAUGCGAUCCAGAUGAUGUCCUUCAUGCGCAGAUUUAUGAAGGGAUUGAUCUCAGGAAAAAUAUCAGAGGAGAGCAAAUUCAUGACUGUCUCUAAGGAGUGCAGUGCAGUGCUUCAGAACAGGCAGAUAAAGAAGCGAGGAGACCCCGACAAGUUCGUCCUCUCUAUCCAGAUUGGGAAGACAGUUUUCUCAUGCUCCUUGGUUGAUCUUGGAUCCAACGUAAACCUUAUGCCCUACUCUGUAGCAAGACGUCUGGGAUACACGCAUUUCAAACCAACUAAGAUGUCCUUGGUGUUCGCGGAUAGAUCAGUUAAGCCCCCGGUUGGUAUUCUAGAGGAUCUCCAAGUAAAAGUCGGGAACCCCUCUGUUCCAGCAGACUUUGUAGUUCUAGAGCUAGAAGAGGAAUCCAAGGAUCCUCUAAUCUUAGGGAGACCGUUCCUAUGCACUGCUGGAGCCAUCAUUGAUGUGCGCCAAGGGAAGAUUGAUCUCAAUCUGGGGGACAUAGUCAUGCAGUUCGAGAUGGAUGAGCAGCUGAAGAAGCUGAUACCACUCAAAUUACCCUAA